AUGUCACUUGUCAAUUUGGAUUUUACCAUUUUGCCCUUUUUGUAUUUUAUAAUUAUUUUGCUGUUCUUAUUAAGAAAGCCGCAUAUUAAACAGAUAAGUUUAGUGAUAAUUUGUAAAAAGCAAGUUGUUGUUCGAGAAACAUGACUGGCUCGGACGAUUCCAAGGAAAAAGACGAAUCUAAUACAGGUAAUAAUUUAAAAGUCGAUCCAGAAAAUUCAGGUGUCCAGGAAAAUGCAAAGGAGGAUAAACACGAAGACGUGCCUGAUGAUUUUUUCGAUGAUUUUGAAAAGGAAGACUUCAUGGCUGGACUAGAUAUCGUCGACGAAGAUGAGGAAGGAGAAGCGCAGGAAGAAAGGGACAAAUUUACUAUAGAAAAACAGGUGGAAAAGGAGAUUCCAAUUAAAAAAACCAAGAAGAAAAUCGAGAGGGUGAGGAAAAAGAUUAAGAAACCUGCCAAAUCAGCGAACCAAGAAGGGAUCGUAUUGACCGCGGAUGAAGAACUGAAACAACUCGAUGCGGAAAUUGACAAAGCGAAAACCACAAACAAACCGAAGAAGCAAAAAAUCACCAUCGAUGCAGACACAUUUGAUAUUCGAAGGGAUCCGGAAAAAACGCGACAAGCAAUUCAAAAGGACAAAAUUAAGACGGCCAAGGACAAGGAAAAACGACGUAUAACUGACAUAGUUCAAACUGGUUUAGUGCCUCCGGGAAUGGAACUGGAAGUAGACCUGGAAGACGUGCAACAAAAUUACAGACCGAUUCGUGACCUGCGCGAAAAAUUAAAACCGAAAAAGUCGAGAACUCGUUCGCCUCAAAAAACACACGACAGCCCGCCUAAAAAAAGGAGAAGUCGCUCGAAAAAUAAGGUAUCGCCAAAAAGAAAAAGCCAAUCGAAAAAUAAGUUAUCUCCGAAAAGAAAAAGCCAAUCAAAAAAUAGGAUAUCUCCAAAAAGAAAAAGCCGGUCGAAAAAUAGAUCUCCAAGAAAACAAUCACCGUCACCUCCGAGGAAACGCUCAUCCAAGUCCCCUCUAAGACGUAGAAGAGCGGACACAAGGAAUCUAGUCUAUAGAAGGAGUCCCUAUAGGUCGAAAUCUCCCAGGAGAAGCCCGAUCAGGAGGAGUCCCAAGUAUAACUUGAGGCGCAGUCCACCGAUGUAUCCAAGAAAAUCCAGAAGUCGAAGUCCGAUUCUUGUCAGGCGUCGUUCCAGAGAUCGCGGGACGUCGCCCUUGUAUCGCAGGUCGAGGAACCGGAGUUCGAGUCCUAGACCGAGGAGAUACAGGUCCAGGUCGAGGUCGCCUCGUAAACCAUUGAGGAAUAAGGAGAAAAUGUCGUUUUUAGAGGAGUUAGCCGUUAAACUUAAUGAAACACGAGCUCCUAGUGCGCCUGUUAUCCCGCCUGCUCCUGUCAUGUACAGCGUAACUGUACCUCCCCAACCAGUGGUAGUUCCAGCGCCAGUUCCGGCACCCGUACCUCAAGUACCCUAUUUUCCUCCUGUGGUUCCAAGAGCUCCUGCGCAACCGCCGCCUCAGCAGCAGCAGCCCUACGAUCCGUACGACCAGAGUUUUUUCAUCGGAACUCCCCCAUCCAAACAGCCUGGGCCAUCUCAACAGCAUUCCAAUGGGGUACCUGCCAAGAACAAGAUGCCCUCUAUCGCAAAAUUAUUCGAAGACCAGAAGAUUAGGCUUAGCGAUUAUUUGGCGAUCACGGCCAAGCCACAAGUGAGUAGUUCAACGUCAGAAAAGUUGCAGGAGAAAAUUAGGGCCAUCCAGCGCUGCCAGGAAGCCGUCAAGAUCCUCAGCGAGAAACGAUUUUCCGGACCUCUCUUGAUCACGAAAACGGACACGUACAAGCCGCCCAUCGACGAUCAGCGCGUGUCGCCGUUGCUGAGGAGACCCGUGGUCCUGUUCCCCUUCACCACCGCUGGACCGAAGAGGAAACCCGAAUUCGAGGUCAAGCACCGGUGCAAGUCGCUGCUGGAGCGGCUCGGAGCCAAAAACACCACGUCCAACCUGAUCGUCGUCCAGUCCGACAGAAAGGCUCCCGCGGCCCCCAAGAUCACCGAAGUCCCCAAGAAAGAAUUCGUUCAGUUUAAGCAUAAGUUAGAGUCUUACAAUAAGCCUGCCCCUCCGAAAAUACCGGUCAUUACCAAGUCGUUUAGUACUCAAACCGAUCGGGAACUAUCAAUUUGUAGGGAGUGUUUUCACAGGAAGGGUAUACUGUACGCGAAUUGCGGGGUUCAAACGGGGAAUCCCGUCAUAACGUUUUCGGUGGGUACUCAAGUGUACGAGUCCGAUUUCUACUCGAUGAUCCCCAAAACUCAAUCUCUGGCGUCUCUGACACCCGCUCAGUUGCUCGGGAAGCAACUGAUGACCGGCGAUAACGCUCGUAACAAGAAUUUAGACGUUUUCGGUCUGCAUCAGGGAAACAGACCGAGCCUACAUGAAAGUCGGUCGUUUUUACCUUUCACUAACCCUACCGCGCCUGCUCAGUCGUUUCAAAAUAACUCAGGGGAUUCGCGGUACCCUCCGCCACCACCUCCACCACUGUUGAGUUCGUUUUUUAUGUCCAAUAUGAAUCAGAAUACGCAGACGCCGUUUAAUAGUGAUCAUAACCGGAGGGGCAAUAGUUAUAAUAGUAAUCAGAGGUUUUAGGGUACAUAGAUGUUUUUAGAUAGUAAGAAGUUAGCUUUAAGAACACGUUGCUUUUAUCAUGUUGCGCGAGAUGAUUUUGAUUGUUCUUUUUUGUUUUUAGUGUUUUCAACACUAGCAAGAUUGUAAAUUUUCUUUAUGUAUAAAAUAUAAACGGUGUAACAAUUAAAAUAAA